CAACUGUCAAGCGGGCCCCACCAGUCAGAGCCGUGAACUGGAACGCGCCGCGUCGGCACACCAGUGGUCGCCGUCCACAGAAGCGAAGCGAACCAAAUCUUCAAACCCAUACGCCAUUGCGCCAUGCCCAUCUCGCACCUCCUCUCGCCGCCUUCCCUCCCAUCCCUGCCGCCGCCUCACCUCCGCAACGGAGCGGCACGGCAGUGCCCGACGCCACUGCGUGCCGCCCUAGCGCUCCCGCCCCAGCGCCACGUGGGGCUCGCCGCGGCCCGUGGCGAUGGUGGGACGCUGGGCUCCAGUAGAGCGCGGGCGGUUGGGGCCGUUAGGGUUUCUGCGGUCCCCGGAGACGGCGGUGCCGUUGCUGGUGGUACGGGGAUCGCGGCGGCAGCGGCGGCAACGGUGGUAUUCGCGGUGAUGAACCGGGUGCUGUACAAGCUGGCGCUUGUGCCAAUGAAGAAUUACCCCUUCUUCCUCGCCCAAUUCGCCACAUUUGGGUAUGUGCUAGUGUAUUUCUCUAUUCUCUUCAUAAGAUUUCGCGCUGGAAUUGUCACUAGAGAAAUGUUAGCACUUCCAAAGGCACAGUUCAUGCUAAUUGGCUUGCUAGAAGCACUAGGUGUUGCUUCAGGCAUGGCUUCUGCUGCUAUGUUGCCUGGGCCAUCUAUUCCAGUAUUGUCGCAGUCUUUUCUGGUUUGGCAGCUUAUCUUAUCUGUCCUCAUCUUGGGAAGGAAAUAUAGAACAAACCAAAUUCUUGGCUGUAUGCUUGUCACCGCUGGGGUAAUUUUAGCAGUGGCUAGUGGAGCCAAUGGUGGUCCAUUUCUAUCUGAACUCAAUUUUUUCUGGCCAGUAGUAAUGAUGGCUUCAGCUGCAUUUCAAGCUGCUGCUUCCAUUAUCAAGGAGUUUGUUUUCAUCGAUGGAGCGAAACGCCUUGAGUUUUGGUUUUUGGUGUUUACACAGGGAAAACGGCCUGAUAUAUUUAUAGUCAACUCUUUUGGUUCAGGGUUCCAGGCUCUUUUCGUUUUCCUACUCCUUCCAUUUCUCUCUAGCUUGAAAGGGAUACCUUUUGCUGAACUCCCUGCGUACCUAAACCAUGGUGCUGCAUGCUUUCUGAAUAUUGGAGGGAAUCUGAAGGAUUGCCAUGGAGCUCCUCUGCUACCACUACUCUACAUGACUCUGAACAUAGCCUUCAACAUUUCUGCGCUUAAUCUGGUGAAGAUGUCUACUGCUGUGGUUGCUUCACUAACAUCAACUUUGGCAGUACCUCUUACCAUCUAUGUCCUGUCACUGCCUCUGCCAUAUCUACCUGAAGGGACAAAUUUGAGCACAUCUUUUAUAAUUGGUGCUGCCACCUUAGUGCUCGGGCUGCUUCUAUACAAUCUUCCUCAAACAUCAGCUGAUCAAGUGAAGAAAGAUUAAUCUAAACCAAUAUCGUAUAUGAGGAUGACAGGAAGCUAUAGCUACUGGUGCUCCUUCAUACAAGAAAAAAAAGAACUGCAUGAAGUGAGCGGCACAAUUUGAUGCAGAACUUCUGCUGUCAGUUCCUUUUUGAGCGAAUGUAAGUAUCAACUACUUCAUAAAUUCCUUGGUUGUAUAGUAGUUCUUUCUCGCCUUUCUUGUCUGCGUGUGUGAGUUGGGGGAGGGGUGUAAAACAAGAAUGUCAUGAGUUCCUUUGUCUCAUAUCUGUUGCUCGGUUCUCCUUUAUAUCAACGUGAACUUGUUUUUAGUAUUUA